UUCGACGUCAAAACCGCUACUGCAAAGAGGGCAGUGACCAUAUUUUUGCAGAUAUCUAUCAUUUCUCGGGAUAACUAAGAGCUGUAUCAAAAUCAGAUAUAUUUACGCCUGUGCAGUGAAGCAGCCUGCCUCUCCGCAAAUGCAAGCUAUUAAAUGCGUGGUGGUCGGCGACGGGGCGGUUGGUAAGACCUGCCUGCUGAUCAGCUACACCACAAAUGCCUUUCCUGGCGAGUACAUCCCCACAGUAUUUGACAACUACUCUGCCAAUGUGAUGGUCGAUGGAAAACCAGUCAACCUUGGUUUAUGGGAUACAGCAGGACAGGAAGACUAUGACCGCCUUCGACCCCUCUCAUAUCCACAGACGGAUGUGUUCUUAAUAUGCUUCUCUUUAGUGAGUCCAGCAUCCUUUGAGAACGUCCGUGCGAAGUGGUACCCCGAGGUGCGACAUCACUGUCCCAACACACCGAUCAUUCUGGUGGGUACCAAACUGGACCUGCGAGAUGAUAAGGACACCAUAGAGAGGCUGCGGGACAAAAAGCUUUCGCCCAUCACCUACCCCCAGGGCCUGGCCAUGGCCCGUGAGAUCGGUGCCGUGAAGUACCUGGAAUGCUCGGCUCUGACUCAGCGUGGUCUAAAGACUGUAUUUGACGAGGCCAUCCGUGCUGUCCUGUGCCCUCCACCCGUCAAAAAACGCGGCAAGAGGUGCACUCUCUUCUGAGCAAAAGCGAUGACAACUCCUGGCACGCCCACACAAAAAUACAAUAUUUUUAAUCAGCCUUUUGGAAAUAUAUUGUACUACUCUCACAGGUUCGGUGAUAGCCGUCCAUGCAGUUCUAAUACACUGAAUGCAAAUUACAUGUAUAUGAACCAUUGGCAAGACUUAGAGGUGUUGUCCAUUUGGAGGGAAACCUCGUGGUAGAUGGCUUUUGUUUUCGCAGCCUCACACCUCUGUCCAAAGAUGUAAUAUUCCAUUUCAUAUUGUUUAUAUGAGAAGUUUUAGUGGUAAAAUGUGAUUGUUGACAUACUGUAAGGAAGUGUUUCUUGGUGUUGUAAAGGAAGUGUGUCAAAGAAAUGGGAAAUUUCUGUUGAUUUAGAGAGUCUUGUACUAAGCUAACCAUUUACAGUAUUUGCAUUCCUGGUGGUGUUAAAGUCCACAUGAAACAACAUUCUCAACCCAUUUUACUUCCAUAUUGUGGCAUAUUUCCGAGUGAAACAGGAUAUUCAAUAAUAAAAAAUAAAAAAAAACAUAGGCCGGGAUUUGAUUUUAUCAAUUGCAAAUUGUUUGGUUUGUGAAAAGUGGGUGUUAUAUAUCAGAAUGAAGCCAGGCGACUGGAGGGGAGGGGUUUAAAAAAUUAAGGCCUUGAUGACAUCAGCUGAAAAGAAUCGAAGUUUCAGAGGUGGAGAAAUGUUGUUGAGAGAUUACAAAGAUUUUAUGUAAUUUUUUUGGAUUAACACAUCAAUGAACCGUUCAAAAUAAGACCAGGAACACGUAAAAAGUAAGUGAAUAGGGACACUUUUGAUUUCAUGUUUACUUUAACCCACAUGCAGUUAUGAACAUUAAAUGUUUUCUUCUUGUCAACUCUUAAACUCUUAAACAACUGUCAUUACAAACACUAGGGAAGGUAACUGUGAAACCGCAACAUUGUGUCUCUACUUUCAUGUUGAUACAAGAAUCAGCAAUUUUAUGAAUUUUGAAUUUUCUUUCUUUUCUAGUUUUUAAAUGUAUUUUAAAGUGUUUCCCUUUUUCACCUCAAAUAAAGCUAAAUUUACCCUAAUUUGUGAUGAAGGGUGUUAUGGUACAGCUUCACUAUCCAAAACUAUCUGAGCUUUAUUUGAACAAAUGCCCAUUAAUGGGUGUGUACGAGUGUCUUGCAUGCCACAACGAGAAGCUUUGCUAAUCCGAAUGUCUCUUUAAUUGAAGGAGGUGCAUGGGCAUUUGUUUUUUGUUUUUCCCACUUUGGAAACCUUGUUAUUGUGUGUCUGCAUGUGAUGUGCAGUGGUUUGGCUGUUGAGUGAGCUUUGAAAUUUAUAUGGUCACAAACAGUAUCCUGCAUUGGUGCUACAGCACUUCCUCUCUUUGUAAAUAAACCCUCAAAAUGGAGGGGGGAAAAAAGAAAGAUAAUCUUCACUGCUGCCAAAAGACAUUUCCAUGAUGUAAGAUAGAAUAUUUACAAUGUUUUGAUUGAGGAAUGCAUUAAUUAAUAAAUCUAUUAAUGUUUUACUCAUA